CCUCAGCAGCAGCGCUGCGGAGAGCGGGUGGGUGCGAGCUGCAGAAUGCGAUGUAGUUUUCCCAUCGCCUCAGAGUUGUAUGAGUUGGCAGAGCCUCGCCUGGGUUCCCUGAGCCCUGCUCCCUUCGGGCUCGCUGCUCACCAGGUUGCUAGCCAUUGCUGUGCCAGAAAGCCAAGGCGCCCGAGCUUCUGUCCUGGGUCCAUCCGGGGGCAGAGUAGGGCUGUCCUCAGCUGAGGCGCACCGUCUUCUCUCUGCUGACCCAUCUGCUUCCCAUGGCGUCUCGUCAACAAACCCGAAUCCAGGCUUACCUGGAGAAAAACAAGAUCGGUCCUCUGUUUGAGGAAUUAAUGACCAAGUUAAUAACUGAGACACCUGACCAGCCAAUCCCAUUUCUCAUUGAUCACCUUCAAUCUAAACAAGGAAACCAAGGACAACUGCAAAGAACUUUGUCAGGGUCAGCGGCUCUCUGGGCAGAAAGUGAAUCAUCAGAACCCAAAGGAACAAGAAGAGAUUUUAGAAGUUAUGAUAAACCUUGGCAGAUGAAUGCAAAGAAGCCUAAAAAAUCAAAAAGUGACCUGGCUGUAUCUAAUAUUUCUCCUCCAUCACCAGAUUCUAAAUCAUUGCCAAGGUCAGUAGACCAUCCUAAGUGGACCUGGCGGACUAAACCACAAAGCCGUGAUUUUGAUGAAUUGAACCACAUCCUUCAAGAGAGCAAGAAGUUGGGGAAAGCCCUUGAGAAUCUCUCUCGAAGUACUGCGAUUUCAGAUGAACUUGAUAAGGAAACAGUGGCUUUCAAUUCCUCUCUUCUGAGACCUCGUGUGAUUGGGGAGUGGAUCGGCAGAGCAGAAAACGAUGCCGAUCCCCUUGCAGCUGAAAUGCUGCAGCCUCCGGUUCCACGGAGUAAGAAUGACUCAUGGGAAAGUGAAGACAGCAGCUCCAGUCCAGCGGGAAGCUUAAAGAUGGAGCCAAAGACGAAAGGAUUAAAGCAGCAGCAGCAGCAGCAUAAGAAACUCCUGGCUGCGAUGCUUUCCCAGGAUUCCUUCGAGUCCAUCCACAGCCCCACACCAUCUGUAAUGGAAGAAGACAUUGAUAAUGAAGACGAUGCAAUGGAGUUGCUGGAAGAUCUGGAUGACUUAAGGAUGGAGGGUGUAACCACCCUGGUACUUUCGGGGAGCAAAUUUAACCAAGGUCGUCCUACUCACCCUGCCGAGCCACAGGCCAAAGUCACACUGAACAUCUGUUCAAGGUGUGCCAGGCUUCAAGGAGACAACCUGAUGGAAAGGACAGAAGACACACUACAAAUAUUUCAUUCUCCGGAUGAGAUAAUCCCAGACUCAUUGGAUUCUCUCCCUGGGACAGAAGAAACUCUGGUGGAGGAAAAUGAAGAUUUUGAGAAAACAUCUAGUUUAACAGAACCAGGAGAAGCCUCCAGUGGAGGACACUCUUUGAAAUCCUACAUGGAAGAAGAUGAGUCUUUGAAGCAACUGCAGGUUGUGCUUCAGCCAUGGCUCUUACCAAGCGACACAGAAAGUGAAGGAAUUGAAGCAGAGCCAGAGAAACGUUCUGCCGAUCUUCUCUGUGUGCCAUGCUCUUCCUGUCCUACCCUGGUCUACUCAGGUCUGUCUGUGAAACAGGCAAAGGAAGUUGCAAGCGGUCCUUAA